UUAAAGAAAUANUGUGUAUGUUAAUGCAUGCAGGUGCUCACACAAUUGGACAAACUCAGUGUUCGACAUUCCGUGGAAGGAUUUACAACAAUGNAAGUGAUAUUGAUGCUGGAUUUGCAAGCACUCGUCAACGGGGUUGUCCAUUAGUUGUAAGUGAAGAUAAUGACAAGAAAUUGGCAGCACUAGAUUUGGUGACACCUAAUUCAUUUGACAACAACUACUUCAAGAAUUUGAUUCAGAAGAAGGGUCUUCUUCAGUCAGAUCAAGUUCUAUUUAGUGGAGGUUCUACAGAUUCUAUUGUGUCCGAAUACAGCAAAAAUCCUACAACUUUUAAGUCUGACUUUGCAGCUGCUAUGAUCAAAAUGGGAGAUAUUGAACCAUUAACCGGAUCAGCUGGAAUCAUCAGAAAGAUUUGCAGCUCUGUCAACUAAGUCAACCU